GCCUGGCUCACUGCUCCCGCCAGCGGAGCGAGGCUACCCUUUCUCCGCAGCGUGAUUGAUUUUCUGCUUUUCUUCUGAACUCUUCUAAGGAGAGGUUAGUGGUAACAGGCCGAGCUGGAUGGUUGGGUAUGGGGAGAGGAGCGGGACGAUCAGCCCUGGGACUCUGGUCGACCCUUGCCUGCCUUCACUGCAGCUUGCCGCAGCUUCCUGGCAGUGCACUGAAAUUCAGGCUCACACUCACCACCGCUCACGAGGCAGACUCACAACCCGCAGAGCACGGCUGGGACAUUCGUGUUACUGCACCAUCGGGGAUGCCCAGCAUGCUGCUGUCCCUGAUCAGUGUCAUUGUCACCUUGGGGGUCUCCCAGGCUCAUGGACAAGAUAAGCCAUGUGAAUACCCAGAAAUAAAGCAUGGGAAACUAUACCGGGCACGCAGGUUCAGAAUACUUUUCCCAGUCACCGUGGGACAAUGGUAUUACUAUUCCUGUAGUGGCAGCUAUGUGACGCCUACAGAACGCUACUGGGAUUAUAUUACUUGCACACCAGACGGAUGGUCACCUGAUGUUCCCUGCCUCAGAAAAUGUGUUUUCAAUUACCUGGAGAAUGGACAUGAUCCGAGGUACGAACAAAAGUAUUCACAGGGUCAGUCUGUUAGAGUUACCUGCCAUCCUGGUUACAGUCUCCCAAACCAGCGGAGCACGAUGACGUGUACGGAGAACGGCUGGUCCCCUCCUCCCAAAUGCAUCCGUGUCGAACAUUGUGACAUGCCGCUAUUUGAGAAUGCCACAGCCAUCAUCACUGGAAAAGUGUUUAGGCCCAAUGACACGCUGGACUACCAGUGCCUGGAUGGGUAUGAAACCAGAGAUGGACACACCAAGGGCUCCAUGGUGUGUGGCAAGGACGGCUGGUCCCACCUGCCAAGCUGCUUCAAAUCUGCAGAAAAGUGCGGGCCUCCACCAGCUGUUAGCAAUGGAGACAUCACCUCCUUCCCACUGGCUGCCUACCCUCCAGGGUCUAGAGUUGAAUACAAAUGCCAGGCCUACUAUGAACUUUGGGGUCCUAAAUAUGCAACCUGCAUUGAUGCUAAGUGGUCCAAACCCCCAAAAUGUCUAGUUAAACCAUGUGAAUUACCAGAAAUAAAACAUGGAGUCCUCUAUGAGGAACAGAAAAACAGACCACACUUCCCAGUUGCCGUGGGACAAUGGUAUUACUAUUCCUGUGACAACAACUAUGUGACGCCAAGUCAAACGUACUGGGGUACAAUUACUUGCACACCAGGCGGAUGGUCACCUGACGUUCCCUGCCUCAGAAAGUGUGUUGUCAACAAUUUGGAGCAUGGACGUUCUCCACGUUAUGGAGAGACGUAUUUACAGGGUAAAACUGCAAACCUUAUCUGCCACCCUGGUUAUAGCCAUGAAAGCGGGCAGAGCAUCAUCACAUGCAUGGAGAAUGGCUGGUCCUCUCCUCUCUCCUGCCUCAAACAUUGUGACAUGCCGCUAUUCGAGAAUGCCACAGCCAUCAUCACUGGAAAAGCAUUUAGACCCAAUGACACGCUGGACUACCAGUGCCUGGAUGGGUAUGAAACCAGAGAUGGAAACACCACGGGCUCCCUGCUGUGCGGGGAGGAGGGCUGGUCCCGCCUGCCAAGCUGCUUCAAAUCUACAGAAAAGUGUGGGCCUCCACCAGCUGUUGGCAAUGCAGACAUCACCUCCUUCCCACUGGCUGCCUACCCUCCAGGGUCUAGAGUUGAAUACCAAUGCCAGGCCUACUACGAACUUUGGGGUCCUAACUACGUAACCUGCAGUGAUGCUAAGUGGUCCGAACCCCCAAAAUGUCUAGAUCCAUGUGUCAUAUGUGAAGAAAUCCUCAAUAAAAAUAACAUACAGCUGAAAGGGAAAGAAAACAAGACGUACUAUGCAAAAACAGGGGAAGUCAUUGAAUUUACGUGUAAAUCGGGGCACAGUGCAGUGACGUCAGGGCAGUCAUUUCAACCCAUGUGUCGGGAAGGGAUAGUGAAGUUGCCCAGAUGUGAAUGAAGGAGGUUCCGCCUGCCACCGACACUGUCUCAACCUUGCUACAAAUCUCCGACAUGUCCUGCUCUUUUCUACUUUAUUUCAGGGAAAUCAGUACCACAUGGUCGUCUGAACUUUCAACCUGAUCUUCUCCCAAAGGUGUUAAAAUAAACUAUG